AUAACACUAAUUUGUGGUUUAGUGGGACAAGUCGCCUUGAAACCAUUGGAAGAAUCAUCCAACACCAAUGAUGCCACAGAUGCUUUGAUUGAAAUUGAAAAGCAACGACUCAUUAAAUUCCCUGAAGAAUUGGAUGAUUUCCGGCGUCUUGGUGGCCAAAAUACAAGCAAAACCGAUGAGGCCAAAAGGAUAUUGGAAGAAAUUGAAAAAAUCAAUCAGGCCUUGGGUUAUGUGAAAAAAUCAGAUCAUUCCCGGACACCAGCCAUAUUGGACUCAUCACAAUAUCUAUUCCCCAAUACUGGUUAUCAACCGUUUCAUGCACAAAAUCCACAAGUAACCGGUAGCCAUGGUGAGACAUUGCUACUGCCUUCGAUUAGGGCAGUUAAAUUCGAUGGCCAACAUGAACAUAAGGCAAGUGAAUACAAUAAGCCACCGGUAAGGAAAUCGAAUCAAAAGACGAAAGUGGAAAAUACCAAAGCCAAUUUCACAAAUAAGAAUCAAAAUUCCAAAAUUGAAAUUACAAAAGCCAACUUGACAAAGUUGAAUGAAAACACAACAGCUAAACCCACAACAAAGCCUUUGACCAAACCCAAUAAAUUAUAUUUCCAUCCGCACCGUGUCGAGGUACCAAAACCCCAAACAGCCGAGGAAAAGAAAUUGUUGCCCACCCAUUUUGUCAUACCGGUACGUUUGUACAAAAACAACAAACAACAAUAUAUUCAAAAACACAAUCCCCAAGAAUAUAAAAUUAAGGGCUACAAAAUCGUGGGAGACAUUGAUCAUUUCUAUGGUAAAACGAAAACCUCCGCCUCCUCCUCUUCGGCGCAUGUGCAGAAAGUAAAAUCCUCACCCAAAUAUCAUUUGUUGUUUUUGCCACAAGAAGUUAUGGCCAAGAAUAAUGGUGGCAACAGUAUUGAAGCCAUGGAUGCCAAUUCCACGGAAACCUCAUCGAGGGAGGAGAAGUUGGCAAAUCGUCCUUUCAAACUGCAGACCAAUACCCAGACCACCAGUAGUGGUAAUUUUGUAAAUGCUUCAAGUUCGGCAACUAUUAUCAGGAAGCGUAUUAAGCCAAUUAAGGGUGAGGGACAGUCAGUGUUGUCGGUGACAUCGGCCUCGGUAAUUAAAGUAACGCCUGCACCCAAUACCGUACAACAUAAUCAGCAACAGCAUCAACAACAACAAUUGCAGCAGACACAAAUUGCCCAACCACCUCAGCAAGCACAACAACAACUGCAACAAACACAAUAUCAAAAACCUGGCAAUGGACGACCCAACAAUCAGCCUCUGGCUGUAAGCUCACCUGUAUAUUUGUCGAACCAACCAGCCACGGCUCCCACAGGCAAUGCCGACAAUAACCAAGGAGUGGAUAAUAAUGGCAAUCAAAAUUCCAUGAAAAAUCGACCGGCAUUUGUAAAUCCCCUCUUGGGACUACAAUCCAAUAUUCAGAACAACAUCAACAAUAUUAAUAAUGCCACCUCCAAUGCCAUUAAGACCGCGUUUCAGAAUAUUUUCCGUUUACCCUUUAGACCGGAUAACAACAAUAAACCCCAACAAGCUGUGACUGAUUUCCCUCUGCUUCAAAGUACCGCCCUACAAAUGCCACCCGCCAGUCAACAACAGCAACAACAAUUCUAUUAUACUUUGGUGCCCGCCCCAACUGGCAAUGGUAGACCACCGGUAUUUAUUGCUCAACCCACCUACCAAAGUGAUCAUAUGGACUCCGACUAUAAAUGGGAUGAUGAAAAUAUUAGCACAGAUUCCGAUGCCUCCGAUGACAAAGAAUCCACACCGUCCUCCGAGGAACCAGUCGAAGAGAAAUUCUUGGGACAACAUCAACCCAUUAAACACAUGCAGGAAACCCAAAAAGAAGCCCUCAAACAGGGCGGCAUUAUUAUACAAAAACUGAAGGUGCGUAAGGGUAGUAUUGCCAUUGCCGGUCCUGGUGGUGUUGCCACCGCGGGUAGUGGUGGUACUGCCAUUGUUGGCCCCGGUGGUUAUGCUCUCACCCAUCCACGUAGCCUAACAAUAGCUGGUCCCGGUACCAAAGUUAUUGCCAUACCAGCCAAUGUUGAUCUGAAGGAUGCCCUGCAACGUACUGAUAUCAAAACAAAAAUGAUACCACGCGAAGGACGUAUUGUGGCCACUGGGCCGACAGUCUACUAUGCUCCCGGUACUAUGGAUGGUGUGGAAAUAGAAUAG